GCGACAUCGCUCUUCGCGGGUGUUCAUUCGCGUGUCAGACGUGCUUGAGGUAGGACGCCGCGGCUCCUGUGUGAACCAAUCACCUCGUGGAUAACCAACCGUUCCCUUUCUCUGUCCCCGCGUUCUUCCUCUUCUUCGUCUGUUCGUCACGUUCUCGAGGCCAACGUGUCAGUUCCACGUGCUCCCCUCUCGUAUCGACACACACAGAACACGCACAGGGUCCACCACUGCUCGCGCUUCCGUCGUUCAGUCCAGCCGGUUUUCACCAUCGCUGACGGAGGACCCGCUCACGUGUAAUCCUCGCGUGUGCGACUCUUCUUUGCUCGCUGCCUUGCGUCACAGGUAGCGAGGAACACUUCGGCCAGGGUUCUCGACCUCGGUGAAUAUCGGAACUGGAGAAUCCACCUUGGCAGCUGCAUCGUCGGUGGACACAAAGAGAGGAGGCCAUAGAGGUUCUAGUUGGCCUUUGAAAAAUUCGGUGAAAACCAGACCGUAUAUACCCAGAUAGAAGAAGAAGAUGAUGACUCGUAUGCUGCUUCAAGAGCCUGGAUGGAAGAUCGAGCGCAAAGGUUCUGCUCUACUGUUGAGGCGGGACAGUUCGCAUUUGAAGAGCGGACGCGUCUGCUUCCGUUGCGACGUCGAAGUUCGUGAAUUCGAGCGUGACGAGGAUUACAUGAUCGAGGCGGAACCUGCCAGUCCUCUGGCGAUGUGUGCCAGUUGCCUGGCAGCUCUCUGCGUCACCGUCAUUCUACCAUGGUUGUUAAUUGGCGGUUAAAUAAGCCUCGAGUUCAACUCACGAUCUUUCGGGGGGUUUGCUGGCCCGUUCGAGUGUAUCUCGGCAACGGAAGUCGCCGCGACGAAUCGAAUCGGGGACCGGAGUACUCCUCGACACGUGCAGGGAAACACGAGAGAGCACCUUGGAUCUGUAGGAGAGAAGCCUGUCGAAUAGAUAGAAAGAGAGAGAGGGGUAGAGAGCGUGGUUGAUGAAGGAUUCACCGUGCUACUCUGGGAUUCGACACGAGAAACGGGUGCAGUUCGCUAAACGGUACUUUCGACGAAACCUGCAUUCCCGAUUUAAACAGUCGCCGCUUAAUCCCGUAUGAUUUCAUCGAGGUACGGAGGGAAAUUUCGAGAAAUCGAGAAAAGUGUGUGUUUUUCACAUCGGAAAAAGAGAGAGAGAGAGAGGGGGGGGGGAGAAAAAAGAAGAACGAUUGGCCCUGGAGUCUUCGAAAAGAGUUACGACCCGAGAGUUUUUAUAUUUAUUCGCCGAUCCGUGUCGUUCUCCCUUUAAGGCUGCCACCCUUCGGUAACCACGUAGAAAAUACACGUCGCGGGACAAAUACGGAACGGCCGUGUGUAGACGACGGGCAGACCGCCGCGGUUCGAGUAGAUUUUUCGUGAAACUCGACGAGGAGAAAAGUGCGCGACGCUGGACUUUCUGCAUAGGCACGCGAAACGAAAGGAAGAAGAAGAAGGAAAACAACAUCAAAGGGUGACGAGAGAGGGUAUAUUCGAGCGUGCAUUAAAAACCUCCUUACUCGUUUGAUGGUAUCGACGAAUCUCCUCUGGCCUCGAAAAACCGAGGCGACCCUGUGCCAAACGAGAGUAGCAGUACUCGAGAUAUUUCGUGAAAACCUUUCGUGACUCGCAGUUCGCUUACUUUGCACAUACAUACCUACAAACAAGCACACGUAUAUAUAUACACGCGCAGAUUCUUUUGUGAAUGUAUAAUAGCCGCAUCGGUUCGAAAGCUCGCGCAUACGUACAUACAUCUUUCUUUCCCUCUAUUUUUCCACCCUUUUCCCGUGAUAUCGAUGCUCGCCGAGUAAUAACCGAAUCGUUGCGUCUCAUUCGAACGGAAAAUUUGUAAUCUACGAUAUACACGCCGCUUUGUUUUUCCCCUAUCAACAUUUUCCAACCGAUAAUCGUAUACACGGUCGAGCGGCUUCCGGUUUAAUAUCCGCGUUUGCAUCCGGAUUCUUUCGAUCAAUUAGGUGUUUUCCGCGUGUGUAUUUUGCACGCUGGCUGAGAAAGAGCCUGGGUAUUACGGUGGGUGGGAAAAAGAGUCGAAAAGUUUCUCGACGCGCGAGCUCAGCAAAUGGAAAAGUUUCCGCCGGUGUGGAAAUCGACGGACCACCGCCGCCGCCGUGGCGGAUUGAGAAAUCGAGCCAAGUUUCGAGCAUCACCGAUAGCGUUACAGUCCGUUGCUCGCUGAACAACCUUCGUUGGGAGAGAGAAAAAAAAGAGCACAUAUUCGAUCUGUAUCGAAUACAUUUUUCUCCCCGUUCGACGCCAUUUUUAACCCUUUCUCGAAAAUCUUCCAACGAAUCCCCGGACUCGUACGAACAAAUUGCGAUCUUCUCUCUUCUUUCCCUCGUGGUGCAAUUUUUUUUUAAACCGACAAUUUCUGGGGAACGUGUUUCGAUGAACCGAGAAACGCGGCGAAACGCGGAGCUUCACGGCGACAAAUUUACACGAACCACGAAUCCGGUCGAUCCUGCAAAGUGUCUUCGAUAAAUCAUCCGUGUGUACAUGAGCGGAAUUUUUGCUAACGUGAAAUUGAAAGAGAAGGAUAAAACUUGAAUGAGAGAGAGAG